AUGACUGAGGACAAAGAAAAUAAGACCAAAGAGGACAAAAAUAAUAAGACUGAGGAUAAAACCAAAGAAGUUUAUGGUUAUAAAAAAGAAGAUAGAAAAAAACUUUUUGUUCUUCUGAGUAUGAAGGAAGAAUGGAACAAAGCAGAAACAAAUUUAGCAAGACGGACGAAUUUAAUGAUAACACAUCUUUCGAUCGCCAUUAUCACUAUAUUUAUUGGAGUAUGUUUAUUUCUUCUCGCAAAAUAUAAUAACACUAACAAGAUUUUGAAAAUUACGUUGCCAAGCUUAACAGGUAUCAGUGGAGUUCUGGUACUCGUAAGGUCCUUUAUGGAGAAAUUCAAAUUAAGUAAAAAUAACUCUACAAAUUUGUUACAAAUAAUAAUUGAUAAAACCGAUGAAACUAUACCCACAUUGAUGAAGAUACCUAAAGAUGAAUUUAAGGAAUUACCUAUUGAAAGACACAAAAACUAUGAAAGCUUUUUAAGACGUAUCAAUUAUCUUAUUUAUCUAGAAAAGAAAUUUGGUAUAGGUUUCUCUAUUCUAAUGUCUUUGUAUGUCAUCAUUUUGGCGAUCAUCUCAAUUUUAUUAAGCACAAAUUUGAUCGAUUCUUCUUGGCGAUAUGCUGAUUAUUUUUUGGCUAUAAACAUAAUUGCGAUUGGGAUAGUCUGGGUCAUCAAUAUAGUCUUAUCUUAUUGUGUAAAACUCUAUGAAAAAAUUAUUAAUCUUAAUAAUAUUCCUAUUAAAUUUAUAUCGAUUCCUAUUUUAAUUCUUUUCAUUCCAUUAGCAAUUUAUUAUAGGCUAUUGAAGAGAACUUAUUUAAUAGAAAAGGAUGAUUAUGAAACUUAUUUUGGAAAAUAUAAUACAGAAAAUGAUGACGUGACAUUUUUUGGAACGGAAGUUGAAGCAAAGCUCGUUUUGAAUCUAGUUCUGAAACUUCUGAAAUAUGAAGAAACCGAUGAUGAAAUCAAGAAAUAUUUAAUAAAAGAUUUACAAAAUAAAGUUACCCGAACUUGUUCUUGUAAAGAGAUUGAGAUUAAAGAUGAUGAAUAUUUAUGUAGGAAGAUUAAAAAAUAUUUAAUGAAAAAUAAAAUGAAUGAUGAAGAAAAUAUAAAAAUUUCCGCGAUACUUGCUGGAAGACUUAUUGAAUUAAUUGAAAAAUUAGAAACAAGAAAUGGCAAAAAUCAUGAAGAUAUCAAUAUAGAUGAAUUAAUCAACAAGAUUUCCGGAAAAUUAAAAACAAAUGAAAAAAGUAGUAAUGGAAAUGGCAAAAAUCAUGGUGAUAAAGAAAUAAGUGGUGGUGCAUUAAUCGAAGAUUGGGAAAAGGUACCAACUGAUGAUAAGAUUUUAAAAUAUUUUGUUGAAAAUACCGAGAACGAAACAUUAAUGAAAGCUUAUUUAAUGGCUUUAAAAUUUAAAAAUCCUAAAUAUAGCAACGAUAAAGAUGUGAAAGAUUAUAAAAAAUAUCAUACACAAAACGAUGACGAGAUAAUAAAACUUGCUAUGAAAAUUAUUAAGAAGAAAAUUUAUAGAAGAUAUUUAAGAAAUGAUAUGAAAUAUUUUAAUUUCAAAAAAAUAUAUAGAUAUACAGCUAAUGAUGACUUUAAAUACUUUAAUAGGGAAGACUUUAUGAAUCGGAUUAUAAAAUUUUUAUUUUUAAAUAAUAAAAUUAUUUUAAAAUUAGAGCCUAUAGAAUUAACUAGAAAGCAUAAGUAUGAAAUCAAACGUCUUUUAAGUGGGCUAGAUUUAGAUGAUGAUAGUAGUGAAAGUGCUGACAAAUAG